GGUGGGUUCCAAGGGCGCGCCAACAAGCUUGUGGAUUCCUGCUACUCCUUCUGGCAGGGUGCCAUCUUCCCCCUCUUGCACGAAGCCUUUCGGCAGAAAGGCGAAGAAGUUGCUCUGCCGAAAGAUCACUGCUGGUUUGCUCCGCAGCCGUUGCAGACCUACAUCCUCCUAGCAUGUCAGCAUCCGAACGGCGGACUUCGGGACAAGCCUGGCAAGUCUGCAGACUUCUACCACACCUGCUAUGCGCUCAGCGGCAUGGCGGUGAGUCAAUACGACGUACAAGGUGGAACUUCUGUCUUUGGCGACCCACGCAAUCUUUUGGAGCGGACGGACAUCUACUACAAUGUCGCGGUGGAGAAGGCAGAGCGGAAAUGCACGUACUUCAACUCCUUGCCGCCGCUUUCAGUUGAUGGACGGACCGUUCAGGGUCGCGAAGGUUCGGGUGCGGCGGCCUUACUUAAGCGGCGGGUGGCUCGUAACCUGCAGUGGCGGCAAGUGUGGGAUCCCAGAAGCUAA